GAGAUCUAAGACAUGUGGAUGGUGGGAAAGAUUCCAAGUCAGAAGGUCUUAAAGACCCGAUUGGUUUAGUUUUGACAUGGUUCGGUUUCGUAUGACUAAGCAGGGUGGUUUGGUCCUAAAGUGAAGAUAAAUAGCCCCAACACCAAGUGUCAACACAUAUCAGAAAACCCAAAGUUGAGAUCAACAGAGAGAAAAUGGCCAAGGCAAUGAAACCCGUUUCCAUCUUCGUUUUCUUCUUCAUCUUCUUUUUGGUUAUCUCUGAGGUGCCGGAGAUAGAAGCGCAGGAUUAUAGCGAGUGCUUGAAAGAAUACGGUGGUGAUGUUGGUUUCGGCUUUUGUGCGCCUCGGAUAUUUCCAACGUUUUGUUACACAAGAUGUCGUGAGAACAAGGGGGCUAAAGGUGGAAGAUGCCUUUGGGGUGAAGGCAUUGAUGUUAAGUGCUUAUGCGACUUCUGCAACGAUCAACCCAUAGUCACAAUUUGAAUGUCUAAGCAGUCGCUAAUAUAUUAUGGCCGCCGUAUCUUUUGUUAUGUUCUUCCACAAGUUUUAGUCAUGGUUUGUAAUGGUCCCCAAGUAAUACUCUAAUAAUGUAAUAUGAAAUAAAGAAUAAUGAAAAGUUCGA